ACAUAUUUUCCAUUAAUAGUAACAAGUGAAAACUUCAAGUGAGUCACUGACAUAUAAAACCAAACCCUUGUACUUGGACUGAAAACUUUCAGAGUAUUCACAGACAAUGAGAGGAGUUGUUCAAACAGUUAUUUUCUUAAUUGUGUUGGCUACCUUGGCAUCUACAAUAGAACCAGAUAGAGUGAAAAGAUGCAAGAAUUCCAAACAAUGUAAGAAUGGGUGCUGUUUAACUAAAGUACAACUUCGAGGAAAACGAGGUUUAGAUUACAAUGGAGGGAUAUGUGGAACAUUUGGAGAAAUCGGGGAUGAUUGUCUGAUAGCAACUGAUGGUGCAAUAGCUCCCCCUAUUGGUACAGAAUGGAAGUGUCCAUGUGGGGAUGGCCUCAUAUGUGAUGGUAGUGGCCAGUUUACACUUCCUAAUAUAGGGGAACAUGGUGUUUGCACAGAAGAAUGAUCCAGCAGUAAGAGAAGAAAACCAUUAUCAUUGUUAACAACUAAUUGUAAACGAUAAAACAAACAGUAAAAUAUAACUUGUAUCGAAAAAUUUGCC